AUGGAAGCAAAGAACUACUCAUCCAUCUUGAGAAAAUUUUCAUCGAAGCCCCCUCCAUCCCGCUCCCGUCGCGAAUUAUCCUUUCAGCAAGUUGAUUCGAGCUCACGAACCCAUGCAUCCAGCCGCCGUGCAUCCAGGCGCACAUCCCUCAAACUAUCCCCACCACCGUCCAGCCCCGAGGACUCUAGCUUAAGUCGCCUAGGGAAGACGCCUGACAGAGAUGUCUCCCCUCUGUCCCUCCCUUCACAGUUAGAAGUAGUUAAAAAGCCAGCCUCAACGCCAACAGUGUUAAACAAUACUGCUCCGCCCCCGCUUCUUAAUCCACAUACAGCUGCUCCGCAUACCAACUUCAAGCAGAUUCUCAUCCACACAGCGAAGUGUGACAAAUGCAAUAACCAUAACAAGGCGAUAUUGCGACGAUGUACGACCUGCGGGUUCCAGAUAUGCACGCCAUGUUGGGUUAAUAGGGGCGGUGGGCAGCACACGGCCACGAGGGUGUUUAGGGGGCCGGUGUUUAAUCCCAAUGCUGCAAAUGAUGAGGAAGUGGAUCAAGGGGAUGAAGGAGGUGAUAACGAAGAGGAUGAAGUCGGGGAUGGUAGUAUAUCGGCGUCUGACGAUAGCGACGAUGUGGGGGAUGCCAUAGUCGUCUCCGAUAAUGAGAAGGAAGGUGGGGUCCUUUCGAUACAUUCGGUUGACGAGCCUGAGCCCCCUCCACGCCCUCCAAACCUUCGACAUAACGAUUUGGAUAUUCCGUACCACGAUCCACAGACAGGGGAAGUCUCGCGACCCAUGUACGCCUACAGUAGCGACCCACAAGCUACUAACUCUGAAGACACCAAUGGUGCGAAUGAACUGCCGGUAAAUAAACGCACUCGCGCACGCUCUAUCACCCGUCGAUACACCCGUGGCACCCCUUCCAACCAGGCACGGAAGGACACCAGCGAUGACGAGAGCCUUGUCGAAAUCACCUGCGAGCCCGCGAGAGGCAAGAUCAAAGACAGGGGCGGUCUCUAUUACAGCGAUUUGACACCUGAAUCCCGCGAACGGAUCGACAUCCUCAUCAGCACCGCCAUAAACCUAUUCCAAGGUGCCAGCUUCAACUCCUCCCAGAGCCAAGCCACCCACCCUCCCACCUCCAACAAUUACCCCCUCCGAACCAACUCUCCCCCAAUCAACUCACGCUCCCCCCUUUUCGUCCCCAUGGAACCCAACGAUCACCCCGCAACGGCGUACAACGCGCGUCUCUCACAUGCCGGCACCCCCCGUGGAAGUCCUAGGACUAGUCAUAGGCGCCCGUUCCACAUGCCGCAUGGGAAGGGGAUGGGGGACAAAAGGCAGACGACCCGCCAGUCGCGGCCGCCUGCCCCCAACCCCCCUGCCCGGAAACGAAAAAGGGAUUCAGGCGAUGUUGAGAGGCGAGAGCGUAUUUGGAGGGGCCCGUUUCUUGAUGAGAGCUCUGAUGAGGAGAAGGGGACGCGAGGACUCUAG